AUGGGCGAAGAAGCUGCUGAUAAUAAUCCUUAUAAAAAGAGGCAGAGAAAGAAGCGUAAAAACUUUUUAUCAAACGCUAAGAAAUAUGCUAAAAAGGGACAAAUGGGACGAGGUAUGCAAAUACCCGAAGAGCUGUAUCAAUAUUUUGUUGGUAUUUUGGACGUUAUUAAGCAAGGAGUUGAAGAUCCUGAUGAAAGAAAAGCCUUAGUGAAUAACGUCCUUGAAAGAACAAAAGGGGAAGAGCUAAAUGUUGUUGGCAAUCAGUUAGGCUGUCGUCUCAUUGAACUGCUACUUCCAUAUUCCUCACCAGAAGACCUUGAAAGAUAUGUAGAUGUACUUUCUCCAGAGCUUCGUAAAUUAUGUUCCGAUAACUUCUCAAGUCACAUCAUAGAAACACUUUUAAGGGUAUCUUGUGAAAGAGCUACAAAACAUUUACAGAGCAAUGAAAAUGACAACGCUGAUGAAGCACCAAAAAAGAAGAAGAAAAAGCAUUCAAGUAAAUACACAGAUGAGCAUAUACAAAAAUGUAAUGAGUUUACAUUGAAAAUUAGUAAAUAUGCAUUAAAUAAUUUGGAAGAUUUUGUUUGGGAUAAGUAUGCAAACCACAUACUACGAUCAGCCUUAAAAUGCCUUAGUGGCAUCACUUUACUACCGGGUGAAAAACCAAAAGUUAACAUGUUUAAGGAAACAGUGCAAGAUAACAAAGGCAUUCCACCGCAUCAAACUGAAAUGAAAUAUAAGGUCACACCUGAUGAAUACAAAGAGAUUGUUAAAGAAUUUGCAAAUAGGUUGUCAGCAUGGCCACAAUUUAAAGAUUUGCCAUACCAAAAUAUAACUUCUGCAUUACUACAAAUAUUAUUAUAUGCUAUUAAGAAUGUCGAUAAAAAUAUAAGUAAAACUUUAGUAAAGAAGUUACUGAAUGAAAGCUUAGCUCCCGAAGACUGGGUUGAAACCGGAGAUGAUGAUAAAAAAGAUAAUAAAAAUGGUGACAGUGAUAAAAAAAAUGAUACAAUUCUUGACGCUGAUAAAAUUAUGAUGAACGAGGAGAUGCCUGAGAGUCGUUUACCACCACUUUUUAAGUCGGAAUCUGCAGUUAGAUUACUUGAAGCAGCAUUGUUUGUCUCAAAAAAGAAGACAUACACACAGAUCUAUGCAAGAUGUUUCAUAAACAGAUUGGGACAACUCGCGACCAUGCCCAUGUUGAAUUUUACUGUACAAAGACUUAUAGACAACUGUCAAGUUAAAGAAGAGUUUGAACCAAUGUUUGAAGAGCUGUCAAACAAAUAUAACGCUUUAUUAGCGUGCGGCAACACUGGGGUACUGGUGGCUUUGGCCAAGGCUUGCUUACGGAUGAAAUCUAAGCAGAUGCAAUUUAUUCAGAAUUUAGAAAAGGCAUUCAAAUGUGACGAAGGAGACAAUCAGAAACUAUUGCCAGUACAGUGUCUGAAAAUGUUGCCUCUUGGUACUAAGGAUGGCAAGGACUACUUCAUAAACGUCCACGGCUCUGUCGUUUUGCAGACUAUAUUGGAUUUUCAGCGUCCAGCAAAAGCAGUAAACGGUCUUCUAGAACUUACCUCAGAAGAGUUAGUGUAUAUAUUCAGUGAUCCAAAAGGAUGUCACGUGGCUGAUGCUUUCUGUAAGGGACAGUUUGUGGGGGUCAAGGCUCGGGACAAACUUAUAUGGAAAUUGAAAGGUUACUACCAAAAGUUAGCUUUAUCCCAACACGGUUCAAGAGCUUUCGAGCAGAUAUUCGAAGCGGCGACUAUAGAACAAAAAGUAAAGAUUAUGACAGAAUUAUCAGAUAAAAGCAAUCUACUCAACAGUACUAACUACGGACGUCUCAUUGCUACCAAGUUAGAUGUCAAUACUUUCAAGUUAUCGCAGAAGAAUUGGGAACAGAGUAGAUUAAAUAAA